AUGUGUGCGGCCGCGGAAAGUACCUCUCACGACUCAGCAGCAGGCUUCCCGUCGCCUGUUGUCGUGAAUCUUCCACGUGGUGAGUCACCACGUGCGACAGGUACGUUCGUUGCGUCUGCAGCGGGCUCCUCGGGUCGUAAUCAAGACAAGUCUGAGAUUGAGCUCAUCUAUUCUGGCGAAUCGGAUGUUGAAUUCGACUCGAAGGCGACUCCUCACGUCUCCGGAUCACCCGAGGCGGACACUGCAAGAGCCAGGUUGACUGGCUCUGGUCAACGUGGCGGUAUCAUGUCCGAGAUCUUUGGAUCGAGUGAUUAUUCCGAUGAAUUUCCGCCUCAAGCAAGUCCGCCUAACGAUAGGACGCGUGGGGAUGGUGGUGAUGCACCUGUACAUCACCACGAGCGAAGUAAUUCGAGUAAUCGGGGUAACACUGGUGCCAGGGAUCAUGCUGGCACUAGAUAA